GAUCGAGAGAGAACUAGGGGCGGGGUGGCGUUCGAGUUCAGAGCACGCGCUGUUCCACCACGUCACUCUUACGUUUAGACUUGCAUCAUUACUUUGUGCGACGUGUCCUUACUGCUUCUUUAUCGGGAAUGGCGACCAUUACGUCAGCUAAUUGCGUGAUUCCAUUUUCUUCACAGCCAAUCGUCGUAUGCCACGACUGUGACUUGACCAGCAAACUGAUGUAACCACUAUGAUAAAUAUCUGUGGGUGAGGAUUCCUAGUCAAUUACGACGAGCCUUACAAUCAAGAAUAAAAUACUUCCUCCAACAAGCGGACGACAGUCUUCAGUUUGCUGUACGACGCUGAUCAAUCUCAAGCCACACAGUGCGCUCAGUCUAUUUUCGAGACUUUAAAAAUUCCCACGCUAGCUGUCAAAGUACAACUAUACAGAGGAAAAGUUUGCUACCAGAGUAUAUAGAGGGAGUACACCUAAAUCGACCGUACAACGCUGAACGAAAACAAGGCACAGAGGUUAGAGGUCAUGGCGAGAUCGCUCCCUAUCAUGGUCCUCUGUCUGGCAAUGCUGGUGGCUCUGUACGGGCCUACGCUGAGCCUCGGGUCUGUAAACGCUGGUGAGGAGGGUCCAGUGAUCGGCAUAGACCUCGGGACUACAUAUUCUUGUGUCGGAAUAUACAAACAGGGCCAGGUUGAAAUAAUUCCGAAUGAAUUUGGAAACCGCAUUACACCCUCUUACGUGGCCUUCACCUCGGAAGGUCAGAGACUGGUGGGCGACGCAGCUAAAAACCAGUUGACUUCUAACCCCGAGAACACGGUGUACGACAUCAAGCGUCUCAUUGGGCGUUCGUGGGAUGAUCCAGCUGUGCAGAAGGACAUCAAGAACUACCCGUUUAAGGUGGUCAACCGAAACAACAGACCAGCCAUCCAGGUCACGAUUAGUGGGGAAACAAAGACCUUUACGCCCGAGGAGAUCUCGGCCAUGGUUCUGAGCAAGAUGAAGGCUGUGGCUGAAGACUACCUCGGUCAGAACGUCACUCGGGCUGUGGUGACAGUCCCCGCCUACUUCAACGACGCCCAGCGACGAGCUACGGAGGAUGCUGGCAAGAUUGCGGGCUUGAAUGUCUUGAGGAUCUUGAACGAACCAACCGCCGCUUCCUUGGCUUACGGUCUGAACAAAAAAGAUGAACAGACGGUUCUGGUUUUCGACCUGGGAGGAGGCACCUUUGAUGUUUCUGUUCUUACUAUCGAUAACGGCGUGUUUGAAGUCCUCUCCACUGCAGGAGACACUCACUUGGGCGGUGAAGAUUUCGACCAGCGACUCGUCGAUCACGUGACGAAGCUGAUCAAGAGAAAGACCGGACGUGAUGUCACUGGGGACAAGCACGCCAUGACGCGCCUCAAGCGAGCUGCGGAGAAAGCCAAGCGUGAACUAUCGUUCAACCACGCGGCGCGAGUCGACCUGGACGGCGUGCUGGGUGACGUCAGCGGCAUGGAUGACAUCACGGUGACGCGCGCCAAGCUCGAGGAGCUCAAUGCGGACCUGUUUCGCUCGACGCUGCUCACCGUGCAGCAGGCCCUCGCCGACAGCGGCAAGGACAAGAGUGAAAUCGAUGACAUCGUACUGGUGGGUGGAUCCACCCGCAUACCACGUGUACAAACGCUCGUGAAAGAGUACUUCAAUGGCAAGGAGCCGCACCGUGGAAUCAACCCUGAUGAAGCCGUGGCAUACGGCGCGGCGGUUCAGGCGGCGGUACUGAGUCAACAACCGAUGGAGGAGGACGUGCUCAUUAUGGACGUCAACGCCCUGACGCUGGGCAUCGAGACGGUUGGGGGUGUGAUGACGCAGCUCAUUCCUCGCGGUACUACCAUCCCUGUCAGCAGAUCCAAGAUCUUUUCGACUGCCGCUGACAACCAGCCAGCUGUCACCAUUCAGGUGUUCGAAGGAGAGCGGACACGGACGAAGGACAAUCACCUGCUAGGCACGUUCGACUUGACAGGGCUGCCGCCUGCCCCUCGGGGAAUCCCUCAGAUCGAAGUCACCUUCCAGGUGGACGCGAACGGCGUGCUGCGCGUGACUGCGUUGGACAAAGGGACCGGCAAACAGAACGCCAUCACCAUUGAGAGCACUGCCGAGGGUUUGAGACCCGAGGACAUCAAGCGCAUGGUCCAAGACGCCGAGGACUUUGCCGAGGAGGACCGGAAGUUCCAAGAGCUGACGGAAGCUCGAAACAGCCUUGAGGGGCUGGCCUACAGUGCCAAACGACAAGUCGAGGACCUGAAGAAGAAAAUGGAGGAGGACUCCACUGUCAGCGCCGAAGACCUAGAAAAGGCCGACAAAGUAGUGCAUGAUGUCAUUCACUGGCUAGACACCAAUCCCGACGCCGCCGUCAAGGAACUAAACGAGAAAAAGUCUGAGCUGGAAAGUGCGUUGCACCCACUAGCGGACUCCAUGUACAGAAAGUCUGAAAACGGAGAGGAGACAACCAUGCACGAACAUGAGUCAGAUGAGUUGUAGAAGGUGGAUUUCAAAGUAAACGAUGAAUCGUUAUUUUCGCGCUUCGUCUGAUAAUGAAAGUUAACGUGAUUUUUUAAAUAUUAUUUUUGUAUCUGAAAUGGAUGUAAUGUUUCUGUAGUUUUAUUACUUGUCUGAAAACUGAUAUCCAUACAUUUCCGUCAUGUUUGUCCAAAAUUGAUAGUCAUGUAAUUUUGAUCACUUGCGCGGAAUUAAAGUUAAUGUAUUUUUAUCGUUAAUCUAAUAUAGGUACAUAGGUUGUAGUAAACAUUAAUUUGUAUAUUAGGCCUAGUUUAGAUGCCCUCUAGCACCUAGUUUCUAGCAUCUAGAGUUAGAACAUGAGACUUUAUUAUGUCGGGCGCGAAUUUAUGUUUUAAAUAUUGUGAAAGUUCAUAAAGGACAAAUCACGUUAAUGUUACAUAAAUAUACCUGAGGAUAGUUCAGUAUCGUCUUCUGGGAUACAAGUUUAUGAACAUUUAUGAAUCCUGAUAACUUGCUGUGAUACUUUUGACUGUAGAAAUCCAUUUUCAUAAUGACAUUUUAUAUAUAGUCACAUCAAAAAUAACACUCAUACAACAUUGCAUUGCAUUUGCUAUGGUGUGUCAGACGACAAACAGGCAAAGCAGAACUGUCUUUCAUUGCUUGCAUUGGCUUCAUAAAAAAAAAUCUUCAGAAAACACCCAGUGUUCGCAUGUCGCAGACUAUGAGUUUUGAAAGAAAAAGUAAUAGACAGGGGAGUUUCAGAUGAAACAGUUCGCUUUUUUGGUCACUUUUAUAUCGUUAUCUCUUGUUGCUCUUUCUAUUAUUGAUGGUAUUAAUGGAGAAAUAAUUUUUUAUGACAUCUCUCUGAUUGUAUAAACACAUUUUCGAAGACAUUGAAUUUUGUGUAGGAGGAGAAAGGAGAGUGGUUUGAGGUCACGUGUUUUCGAGUAUAUGUGUGUUUAAUCGUCAAUAUCUACACGUAUUGCAAAGGCAAGUAAUUGAGAAUUCCAACUUUUCAUUCUUUUAUUCAUGUUUACCAUGAUCAAUCCAUAUUUACGC